CCGCAAGACUACAAUUCACAAGAGGUGAAGAUCUGCGUACUUCGGCACGGCUCGUCAGCACAAAAAGAGAUCAUUUUCAUCUGGACCAAAGAGAAAAGCUUUUCUUGCAUCAAGACUUGAAUCUGAAUCGUCCUCGUCGUGAAUCUGAAUUUAUUUCCUUCUACCGAAACUAAAAAUGGUCUACGCGGUUCUCAUCCACGGUGUGGAAGGUCGUCUGUUUUUCAGCCUGUUUUACUCUGCCGAGGGGAAUGACAGCCGCAAGAAGACGAGGCAGCAGACCAUCAUGCGGCGGAUUUUAGCGGAGCACUUGUUUCAAAAACACACGGACAGCAACUUCGUCUCAUCUUCGACUAGCAGUUCCUUCGGCGGAAUGUUAAAUGGCGGAGGAAGUGGCUCGUCGUCCAGCGGAACUUCCAGCUCUUCCUCCACCGCAGCUUCCAGCGCGUACAGCCCGGUUUUCGAGUUGCUCUGCGGCGGGCCGGAUGGACUGGCGGUGAAGGAGGGAAACAAAAGCAGCAGCACGUUGCUGAACAAAACGACAAAUUUGUUUGGGGAAUGGAUUAUGGAUUGCAAAAAUGUCUGGGUCUGGAAGAUUGCCAGAUGCAGAUUUUCCAUAACCCAUGAGGUCUGGUAUGUAGGACAUAGCAUGACAGAUUCUGCGGGACCUUUCUAAUGCCUCUCCUGCAUGAGAAACUGCCUCUCGAUUAGGUCAAAAGUGCACAACUUUUGGCAAUCAUGCAACACAGUUUUUUGCCUGAUUCAGAUUUAGCAUGACAAGUUGCAAUCAUCCAGACCCAAACAUUUUUGCAUUUGAUAUGGAUCGGAAACAAGAAGGAUAAUGCAAUGUUGCACCACGGAGGUCCUCUUUCACUAGACCCGGCUGCAUUCAGUGCUAUGCACGGAGUAGUAGAUAAAAACGCAGUGGAUCCAGCAAGAAUUACACAUGGAAACACUGCGGACCCGCAUCUGCUGGGCCACGUGCCGGGCUAUCUGCAGAACAAGAGCACCAACUACUACGCUUCGAGCCUGUUCGGUGGCGGCAGUUCUUCGGCCUCCAAAACCUUCGGGAACAAUGUGCAGAGUGGGUACAACAAUUACACGGCCUCGCGCAACAAGAAGAACGCUGCCAACGCGAACAACGUCACAGAGGGCGUGGUGCGGAUGGGAGGCAGCGUUUCCGGGAUUUUUGAGCAGAGCAAGAUGCUGUUCUGGAAGCAGGUGAACGGUAUCUUCUUCACGAUUUUGUGUGAACCACUGGAAAACACGCUACUCGCGACGAACUUCCUGGAACUGCUGAUCACAGAAUUGCACCGCCACUUCGAAAUAGAGCUGAAGCUGGGCGGGAGCGGGAAUUAUGACAAGAAAAAUAAGAAUUACACCGACAGAAAUAAUGCCAUGACUGCCGCAGGAGAUCACCAUCCGCUGCUGGAGGACCAUCUUCAUGGGGGAGGGAAUGACCACGGCCGGGUGGCCAGUAAUGGCGGAAACAAUUACGGGAGCACACUCGCGGAUCGGAUUCUAGACAAACCAGACGAAGUUCUGAUGAUUCUGCACUACAUGCUCCCCGGAGGACAGCUGCAAUUCAUAACCUACAAUCUGUACGCGUUUUUAAGGACAAACAUAGCGGACUCACUGAGCAACUGAGAUGAAAUGUAUUUCUGUGAUAAUCGCUUUCGUGAUAGAUUUUGCUGGUGCUCACUUGUUGUUGUUGAUCAAAAUUUGAAACGAAGCCACUUCUCAUGAUGAAGCAAACGCACGCGCGCCGAAGAUCGAAAUUAAGUACUGACAAAACGCAUGCUGAACUGCAGCAAAGAGAAAGACUUAAGCAGCUAAAUCAUGAUGAACACUUCAACUAUCAUCUUUCGGGUCUGAAACUACACCGAAUGAAGAUACGUUACUUUACUUUCGUUCUGCUGACGAUAAAGGAAUUACUUUACUUUCGUUCUGCUCGGCCAGGGCCUUCCGUUGUACCUCGACCGCCAUAUUUAUUUAUCGCAAACGAAGC